AUGAAAUACGUUCUCGUAAGUGGAGGUGUUAUUAGUGGAAUUGGUAAAGGUGUAAUAGCAUCUUCCACUGGGCUUUUGUUAAAGACUGCUGGUCUUAAGAUAUCGAUUAAGAUUGAUCCAUAUAUGAAUAUUGAUGCAGGAACAAUGAGCCCUCUUGAACAUGGAGAGGUCUUUGUUUUAGAUGACGGAGGAGAAGUUGAUUUAGAUUUGGGGAAUUAUGAACGAUAUCUUAAUAUUACAUUAAAACGUGAAAACAAUAUUACAACAGGGAAAAUAUAUAGUCAGGUUAUUGAGAAAGAAAGAAAAGGUGAUUACCUGGGAAAAACCGUUCAAGUAGUUCCACAUGUUACCAAUGCGAUUCAAGAUUGGAUUGAGCGGGUAGCAAAAGUUCCUGUUGAUGAAACACUUGAAGAACCUGAUAUUUGCGUUGUGGAGCUUGGCGGAACUGUUGGUGACAUUGAAUCAUCUGCGUUUGUCGAAGCAAUGCGUCAGUUUCAAUUUAGAGUUGGAUAUGAUAAUUUUGCUGUUAUUCAUGUGUCUUUAAUUCCUACAAUUAAUGGUGAACAAAAAACCAAACCAACACAAACAGCUAUUCGUGAUAUGAGAGGACUUGGAUUAUAUCCGGAUUUUAUUGCAUGUAGAUCAACAAAGCCUUUAGAAAAUUGUACUGUGGAGAAAAUUGCAAUGUUUUGUCAUGUUGGGCCAGAUAAAGUUUUAGUAGUACAUGAUGUUUCAUCUACAUACCAUGUACCUAUACUUCUUGAAGAACAGGGAAUAAUUGGAUCACUUUCAAAAAGAUUAAAGCUAAAUGAUAUCUAUAUUUCAGAAAAAUUGCGUAAAGCAGGUAAACAACUUUGGACACAAUGGAAAAUGCUUACGGAAUCAUAUGAUCGUUUGUAUAAUAGUAUAUCAGUUGCUAUAGUUGGAAAGUAUACGAAUCUUCAAGACUCAUAUAUUUCUGUUGUAAAAUCUCUUGAGCAUGCAUCACUUAAGUGUAACAGAAAGUUAAAUAUAUUAUGGAUAGAUUCCACAGAUUUGGAAGACGACAAAAAAAUAUCAAGCCCAAUCACAUAUCAUAAAGCAUGGCAUUCUAUUUGUUCAGCAAAUGCAAUUCUUAUCCCUGGAGGAUUUGGUGUUCGAGGAACUGAAGGAAUGAUUGCUGCUGCAAAAUGGGCACGGAAAAACAAAGUACCAUUUCUUGGUAUUUGUUUAGGGUUUCAAAUAUCUGUGAUUGAAUUUUCAAGGAAUGUUUGCAAUCUUAAAGAUGCCCAUUCAACAGAAAUACAAGAGAACACAGAAACGCCGGUUAUUAUCAAUAUAUCAAAAAUUGAUAAGCUAUAUUAUGGAGGAACUAUGUGUUUAGGUCUUAGAAAAAUAUUUUUUCAAAAAGAUAUUGAAUGGAGUAAAAUAAAAAAAUUAUAUAAUAAUAAAGAUUCUAUAAAUGAAAGACAUCGACAUCGAUAUGAAAUAAAUCUGGAUUAUGUUAAGCAAUUAGAAAAUGCUGGUUUAAUUUUUGUUGGAAAAGAUGAAUCAGAAACAAGAAUGGAAAUUUUUGAACUUAAAGAUCAUCCUUAUUUUAUCGGUACGCAAUUUCAUCCUGAAUAUUUAACAAGACCAUUAUCACCAUCACCUCCAUAUUUAGGAUUAAUUGCAGCUAGUUGUGGAAUUUUGGAAGAAAUUUUAAAAAAAAACCAAUUAUAA